GCCGGCGUUGCCGAUUGUUUGAUUCGGCAUUUUACGAGCGGCGAAAAUUUUUCACGUACAAGUCGAUUUUUCCUACUCAAUACCACUUCGAUUCGUUUUCCUAUGUCUCGCCCUGAGGAACCUCGGAAAGCAUUAACUCCCGGGCUCAUCAAGGCAUUCUCCGAAGAAUAUCGUCGAACGGGCACUGUUGCAGAGCGGAGAGAGUGGAUAACAAAUAACAGGGAUACGGUUUGUUCAAUAGUUACAUUUCCGCAACGCAAUCCGAACUUGUGUUCACCAUACCAAUGUUCAGGCAUGCAUUCAAUGCAAGUCCAAAAACAUACCCUGCGUACCAAAUCAGGAAAUUCCGUGCUGCGUAUCUUGCAAAGAAGCAAAGACCAAUGGGAAAUGCUCUCGAAGUGUGGAAGAAAAACGGUCUCGUCUAAUUGCAACAUUGAACAUCAACAAAGGAUUAUAUGACCUCCUCCUGGAAAAAUACAUCAAAAACAAG